CAAUUAAUUUUGAAUAACACCCCCCCUUAGAAAUUUCUAACUACGCGCUUACUUGUAAUAUGUUAUUAAAAUAUAAAAGUCUAAUGUCUAUGUAGAAAGUAUUUAAUAGAUCAAUAAAGUUUUUUUCACCAUGGUAACUAGUAUACCUAUGGAUCAAAUUAGGAAAAAAAAAAGUUUGUUUCAACUAAUUGUAUUUAACUAAAUGUUAUAUACCCUUGAAAAUAAAAUAAAAUUUUUAUAUAAAAUAUAAAUUUGUAUUAUAAUAAUCAAUUAAGCUUAUAAUCUACAAUGGGAGAGAAAAUAGUACCACUGGAAAUGAAUUUAGUGCGCUACAGUAAUCCUGUAUCAGUUAAAGAACGAGAAGAAAAAUUAACCAGAAAGAAACUAGAUGGGAAUGAUGGCCUAAUAUCAAAUGAAAAAAUAAAAGAAUGUGAUGAAAUUCUAAAUUGUAUAUUGCCACCAAGAGAGUGGGAAGAAAAUGGUAAACUGUGGAGACAAAAAGUUUCAAAUCAACCAGCUACUAGAAUGGAUGUUAUUAAGUUGACAGAAAUGUUGGAUAUGAAUUUGCAACACUUACAGGCACGAGAAACGGGUAUUUGCCCAAUUAGAAGGGCUCUCUAUUCACAGUGUUUUGAUGAACUAAUUCGACAGGUCACUAUAAAUUGUGCAGAACGUGGACUUUUAUUACUGAAAGUCCGUGACGAACUUAAGAUGACAAUGGAUGCAUAUCAGUCUUUAUAUGAGAGUAGUAUAGCUUUUGGCAUAAGAAAAUCAUUAUCAGCAGAGCAUAACAAAUCAGACAUGCAAGAUCGAUUGACUGAAUUGGAAGCUGAAAAACAAAAAAUUAAAGAUGACUUAGCAACAGCAAUUGCAAAGUAUGAAAUGAAUCAAAGACAAGGAACUGAACAACGUAUAGCUGAACAACAAAGAUAUAAUGAAGAAAUAAAUUUUUUAAAAAGAUCUAAUCAACAAUUAAAAGCUCAAUUAGAAGGGAUUAUAGCACCAAAAAAAUAAGUUAAA